GAAAUGAGGCAACGGCUAGAGGAAAAGAAUCGUCUAAUCGAGAAGAAAACACAGCAAGCGAUGCAAGCUCAACAGGAGAGAAAUCGUUUCAACACUGAAUUGACGGAACUCAAGGAUCAUAUGGAUAUUAAGGAUCGUAAAAUUAACGUUCUUCAACGUAAGAUUGAGAAUUUGGAAGAUUUGCUAAAAGAAAAGGACAAUCAGGUGGACAUGGCACGAGCACGUUUAACGGCAAUGCAAGCGCAUCAUUGUAGCAGUGAAGGCGCUCUAAGUAGUCUUGAAGAAGCAAUUGGCGACAAAGAAAAGCAAAUGGCUCAAUUGCGAGAACAGCGAGAUCGCGCCGAACAGGAAAAACAAGAGGAACGUGAACUCCAUGAACGUGAAAUUGCCGAGUACAAAAUGAAAAUCCACGCUCUUGAAUCAGAGGCUC